CACAGCAUGUCAGCAUUAUCCUGUUUAGGCAAGGGGCACAAGUGCAAGUGAAUGUAAAAUGUAGACAAGAACCACAAAGCCCUACGUGAUUUUCUACAACCGACGCUGCUUUACGGGUGAACCAGCUGGAUGGACUUCUUUGCAUUUUAGAGGACUUGUUUAAACUUUACUAAGCUGCAUUUGACAGUCAGCAAUUUUGCGGAUGCACCAACAGUUUUAGGUCAGUUUGUGUGUGUGCUGAUUCAAAUUCAACAUAACUUUUAUACAAUGCUCCUUUUGAACACUAUACAGUUUUCUUUCUGUCAGCAUGCUUCGAGUUAAGUUUACUUACAUUUUGUAAGGACAGCUACUGGCCAUGCAAUCUGGUGUACGAGUCUGUGCUUUGGCUGGUCUGGGUAUGUCUUGCCAAGGUUUUCUCAGCUGGACUCAGAAGUUGUCCUGUCGCGGCUUUGGCUGCAUACAUGGACACACGAGCAGGUGGAAUAGGAAUGAGACUAGUAAUCCAACACCAGCCCAGGAAAACCCCCGUGUCCUCAUUACUGGUGGGCUCGGACAGUUAGGUGUGGGGCUAGCACAGUUACUCAGGAAACAGUAUGGAACAGAGAACGUAAUCCUGUCAGAUAUAAAGAAGCCCCCACCUCAUGUUUUUAAGAGUGGUCCAUUUGUAUAUGCUGAUGUGUUGGACUACAAACAUCUCAGAGAAUUAAUUGUAAAUAACCACAUCACUUGGCUGAUCCACUACAGUGCCCUGCUGAGUGCUGUCGGGGAGGCUAAUGUGGCUUUGGCACGCAAAAUCAACAUCACAGGUCUUCAUAAUGUGCUGGACUUGGCUCUGGAGAACUGUUUGCGCCUCUUUGUGCCCAGCACCAUUGGAGCAUUUGGUCCUUCUUCUCCGCGUGACCCUGUGCCUGACCUGUGUGUCCAAAGACCACGAACCAUCUAUGGGGUGUCCAAAGUUCAUGGCGAAUUAAUGGGGGAGUACCUUCAUCAUAAAUAUGGCCUGGACUUCCGCUGCUUGCGUUACCCGGGAGUGAUAUCUUUCAACACACAUCCUGGGGGAGGAACAACAGACUAUGCCGUUCAGAUCUUCCAUGAUGCCCUCAGCAAGGGUCACCAUGAGUGCUACCUGCGCCCCGACACUCGUCUUCCCAUGAUGCACAUUUCUGACUGUCACCGUGCCACUAUAGAGUUUAUGCAGGCUCCUGAGUGCCAGCUGUCCCUCCGUACCUACAACAUCGCUGCCAUGAGCUUCACUCCAGAGGAGGUGGCCCAGGAAAUCCGCAAGCAUCUCCCUCAUCUCAAGGUCACCUACAACCCAGAUGCUGUUCGUCAGACCAUUGCAGACAGCUGGCCAGUGAGGUUUGAUGACACCAACGCCAGGAGAGAUUGGGGCUGGGCGCCAGCGUUUGGGCUUGAGGAGCUGGUUUCAGAUAUGCUGCAUUCCAUUCCGGAGAAGUGUUCACCAGUCAGCUAGCAACAUGUGCUCUAUGGACUAACUAACUUUUCCUCAACCUUCUGCCAUUACACUACUGUUGGCUUCAUCUUGAAUUAACAUGCAGAAAAAUGGACUAAAUGAUGCACACACACACACACACACACGCAGGCACAUUAGGACUGUUUUUCAGGAAUUACAUACUGUCCUGUUACAUACUCAUCUGUACUGUUUUAUUUGUUGUCAUAACUGAACAUUGGUAUGGAAAAAAAUAACAAAAUUAAAUAACAAUAUUAUUUUUAACUUUAAAA